AGUGAUGUCACGAUUUACGAUCAGAUUUCCCCUCAUCGUUAGCCAACAUGUGGUUACCGAAAAAUGCCUUCCUAAAUGGGUCUUGGCCUUCAGCUACUUGUUUCGGAGACUUUUAAUGUCCGGGGCAAUGUCCGUACAUGCAAAGAAAUAUGGGCCAGUUUGAGUCGUCUCUCCACAAUGGCCCGGCCUCCACAUCUUCCUUUCAUAUCAACACCACGUCCUCCUUCAUUUCAGCAUUGUCAGUCUCAAACGGGGUAAUCACGCUGGCGAGUCUCCAUCACUGCCCUAAAUCAAGAAAACGCCGUCUCGAACUCAGCAUACUCGUCAUCAUUGUUCCUUUCCGCCGGCACAACCACCAGUCCAGCAUCCAGCAGUUCUUCUCUUAUGUUAGCGGGAAUGUCACUGGCGGGGCACUUGAAUUCCCUUGUGUUCUCUUCGCUGUUUCGGUUGCCACCUUUCCAGCAUUUUCAAGAUCAUCGAAUGCCCCUUUGGAGGUUGAGAUACCAUACUAUCACAGGUAUCGUCAUGGACGUACUUCAUUGCUUUGCCAGGCUCUAUCCGCAGCGCCUGGCUCGCUACAUGCUCCCCAGAAGGUAACAGCCAAAAUGAAUCCUUCCCACUCCAACUUUGUCGAGACUCUUCGGGUCCUCGGUCGGACCGUCAAGCCACUGAAGUCACCGAGCCCUCUGACCUAUGCUGAGGUCGGAAAAUUCUUUCCAGAUUUACAGCAAGAUCACGCUAUUGUCCGGCAGCCCAUAAAACUCGUCUCUUAUCGACAAAACACACCCAUACCAGUCGACUACGGUCUUCAUGGACAAUACAGGCACAGAGUAAUCACUCCUGGAAUGCGCAUCCCCUUGAAAGUGGUGGCCCCGAAUGGUUCACAGCGGGAAGUGUUGCCACUCUAUGGACUUGCCCGACGCGGGAUACUCAGUCCUCCCAGGAAUGCCUGA